AUGGUUACGACAAAAACUUUUGUAUCUCUUCUUUUCUCUGUCCUCUUCUUGUCUCUCCCUUUCUCAUCAUUCUCUCAAUCUCCUCCGUCGAGUUCUGUCUACGACUCAUUCCUCAAAUGUUUCUCCGAGAGGACUAAAUCCCCACAAACCGAGAUCGCCAAAAAUGUCUUCGCUCAGAGCAAUCCAUCUUACUCCUCUGUUCUCCGCGCUUACAUCCGCAACGCGAGGUUCAACACUUCCUCUACUCCCAAACCCACGAUCAUCGUCACUCCUCGGUCCGAUAGCCACGUCAGCGCCGCCGUACUCUGCUCAAAACCCUUAAACUUCGUACUCAAAAUCCGAAGCGGCGGCCACGACUACGAUGGUCUCUCCUACAUCUCCGAUAAACCAUUUUUCAUCCUCGACUUGUCGAAUAUCCGUGACGUCACCGUCGAUAUCGCGGAUCAAUCGGCGUGGAUCUCCGCCGGAGCUACUCUCGGCGAGGUUUAUUACCGGAUUUGGGAGAAAAGCAAGAUCCACGGAUUCCCCGCCGGAGUAUGUCCGACGGUUGGUGUCGGCGGCCAUUUAAGCGGCGGUGGGUACGGUAAUAUGCUGAGGAAAUUCGGAUUAUCAGUCGAUAACUUGAUCGAUGCGAAGAUCGUCGAUGUCAACGGUCAGAUCCUAGACCGGAAAUCGAUGGGUGAGGAUCUUUUCUGGGCAAUCUCCGGCGGAGGAGGAGGAAGCUUCGGCGUCGUUUUGGGAUACAAAGUCAAGCUCGUCCCUGUACCACAAACCGUUACGGUUUUCCGGGUGGAGCAGUACAUGGAUUCCGGAGCUGUGGAUAUGGUCACCAAAUGGCAAUCCGUGGGUCCGAAAACGGAUCCGAAUCUGUUCAUGAGGAUGCUGAUUCAGCCGGUGACGAGGAAUAAGGUGAAGACGGUGAGAGCUUCAGUGGUUGCUCUGUAUCUGGGGAAAGCAAACGACGUCGUUUCGCUGCUCGCUAAGGAGUUUCCAGAGUUGGGUUUGAAGAAGGGAGAUUGCAAGGAGAUGACUUGGAUCCAAUCGGCUCUAUGGUGGAAUAACGACGUAAACGCCACUAAGACGGAUCCUAAAGUGUUUCUAGAUCGGAAUCUCGAUUCCUCUAGCUUCGGGAAGAGGAAAUCAGAUUAUGUAGCGACGGAGAUUCCUAGAGAUGGGAUUGAGUCUUUGUUCAAGAAGAUGAUCGAAUUGGGGAAGAUCGGAUUGGUUUUCAAUCCGUACGGCGGGAAAAUGGCCGAGGUUGCAGAGGAUGCGACGCCGUUUCGUCACCGGAAUAAGCUGUUCAAGAUUCAGUACUCUGUGAACUGGAAAGAGUCGUCUCCAGAGAUAGAGAAAGGUUUCUUGAAUCAAGCUAAAGUGCUUCACAGUUUCAUGACCGGAUUUGUGAGCAAGAACCCUAGAGGUGCUUACUUGAAUUACAGAGAUGUUGAUAUCGGAGUGAACGAUCACGGGGUGGAUAGUUACAAGGAAGGAGAGGUGUAUGGAAGGAUGUACUUUGGUCAGAAUUUCGAUCGGUUGGUGAAGAUUAAAACGGCGGUUGAUCCUCAAAAUUUCUUCAGGAACGAACAGAGUAUACCUACAUUGCCAAUUUCAAAGAGAACGGUGGUGCCUGAGACAGGGACAGCGAGUCGAUGGUCAGGAGCCAGAGGAGCCACCGUAGUUGCGACGAUGGUCUUACACGUCUUCUAG